AUGGCUACCUCUUUCGUCCUCGGAUUUGCCGCCGCGGCAUUCGUGCUGCAUAUUAUCCGUUUUCUUUACGUCUCGUGGCAGCAGUUGCACAAGGCCAAGAGCUUGGGUUGUGGGGCCGUGCCGCUGUACCCAUGUAAGGACCCGCUGGGAAUCGGCAACCUCAGGGAGUCGCUCGCCGCAGACUGCGAGAACACCCUCCCCGAGCUGGCUAUGGACCGUGUGACGGUCAUUAGCGAAAAUCAGAGCCGUUACGUCACAACCUUCAUCCUACGCAAUCUUGGCCGCAACAAUGAUUUCACUAUCGAUCCGCAGAAUUUUCAGGCACUGCUGGCGAAAUAG